UUUUUUUUUUAUAAUUCUGUCAUUACUGCUUGUGCAUUCUGCACAUUCUGUACAUUCUGUACAUUCAAUUUCACUUCUCGACUUUUUAGCAGCUGUCACAGCCACACGCUUAGAUCAUAGCUAGAUAUUUAUUUUAUUUUUAAAAGCAAAUAAGCAAGAAUGAAGUUUGCAAAACAACUUGGUCUUAGGAGUAUUCCUAGUUGGGCUCCUUAUUACAUUGAUUACAAGUCUUUGAAGCAAUACAUCAAAACAUCUUUUAGGGAUUUGGCUGGGCCAUUAGAGUCAUUAGAGAGCGUGGAUCAUGAAGAUCAGGAAAAACCGGGUCAGAGUGAUCAGGAUGACUCUACUGCCACUACUGAAUCAAAACCUAGAUCAACAACAGCCAUUGACGGCUCGGAUUCUAAUGCAGACGCAGCUUUGGAAGUGGGUUAUGCCAGCCCUGCAACUGAGGCCAAAAAUCAAGGAGAACACUCCAACCAGGAAGCAUUGGCAGCUAAAGGAACAAUUGAUCUUGCAAAGAUACAGAAUCAAACCAUCAGAAAUGAGAAGAAUGCGAAUGCAAAGACCCAAGAGGCAAGCUUGAAUGCUAUUGUUGAUGGAUUCAAGGCCUUGCUCUGGGCGGAGCUAGAAAAAGUCAAUGCGCGCUAUGACGCCCAAGAACGUGUUGCGUCUGUUAGUCUGGACCGAUUGAAUGCAAGCUGGCGAUCCAACUUUACACCAGCGGAGCUAAAGCAUUGGCGCAGCGAUCUUACUGUCCUAAUUCUUAACCUAGAAUACCUCCGUGAGUUCAGCCAGACCAAUAUUACUGGCUUCAAAAAGAUCAUCAAAAAGUUUGACAAACAUUACCGUAGUUGUAACGUAGCAGCGCCAGGUCAAGCGUUGUCAUCAUCACCAGACUCUUCUGCCAUCCAUACCCCUGUCAAUGGUGGUGGCAGUGGCUUGUUAAGGAAACAUCAGUCUGAUUCACCUAAUGCGAUUGCUUAUCCUACUACACCACAAGCGGAUUCUGACCUUGCUUCAUCUUUGACCAUGAUCAAUGCUCUUGGUAUUCAAGGCCAUGGUCGAAGCACACCCACGAUCUAUUUACCUCGUAACUAUCCCGAGCCAGCAUCCAGCCUCUAUGCACAGGACUUUAUUCGCAAUGUAAAUUCACCUCAAACUAACUCCAAGAGUAUCUUUUAUUAUAAUUACAUUGAUGGAGUCUCGACUUUGAGCCUUGAGUUUUGGAAGAUGGUGACAGAGAGGACAUUUGCAAAGAGUGAGAAGGACGAACAUUUGUUGGCUGAAGCCAGAACACUAUGGAGAAAACGUGCGCCUGUGGUAGCUGAACGAGUGUCACCGAUGCAAUUAAACCUUGAUCCCAAAGAUUAUCCUGUACUGGAAGAUCUAGAUUUAAAUAGUCUUCCUUCUGGCCGCUUGACACGUCUUUGGAUCAUGCUUGCGCAAGACGCAAUGAGCAGUCCUAUCAAAAUACCUGUCAUUGUUGCCAAAGGAGUCCGUCCUGGACCUGUUGUGGGCCUGACCGCAGCUCUACAUGGCAACGAGCUGAAUGGAAUUCCUUUGACGCAUCGACUUGUACUUCAUGAAAUUCAAUGCCAGGCUCUCCACGGAAUUGUGGUUGCUGUGCCUGUUGCAAAUGUUCCUGGAUACUUGCUUGGUCAACGUGGGUUUAGUGAUGGCAUUGAUCUCAAUCGAGUAAUGCCAGGCAAGAAGAAUGGAUCGACAUCGCAAGUAUACUCGUACAAUCUGAUGACUCGAGUUAUUCGUCAUUUCACUCACCUGAUCGACCUUCACACUGCAUCCAAGGGUCGUGUAAACUCGUUGUAUGUUCGAGCAAAUAUGCAAAACCCAACAACACGUCACAUGGCCCGGUUACAGAACCCUCAGAUCAUUGUGCAUAAUACAUCACCAGAUGGAUCAUUGCGCGGAGCAGCGAUGCAGGAAUAUAAUAUUCCGGCCAUUACAGUCGAGAUCGGAGACCCUGCAAGGUUCCAGAAGCGAUUUGUAAAGAGUGCGAUCCUGGGUGUGACCAAUAUCUUGGGCCAUCUCAAGAUGAUUGAGGACGAACAUGAAGCCCCGGAUUAUGACCCCGUUGUCUGCGCCAAAAGUUAUUGGAUCUUCACCAAGGAUGGUGGAAUUCUAAAUGUGUUGCCGGACGUGAACACAUGGGUGCGCAAGGGUGAGUUGAUCGCGACGUUGUAUAACAUCUUUGGCGAGGAGGAGCAUCGGUAUUAUGCGCCUGAGGACGGUAUUGUUGUGGGCAAGUCUGUGGACCCAGUCUGCCAGAGUGGAUGUCGUAUCUUGCAUUUAGGCGUUGUUAGUGAUCGUUUCCCUGAUGGGAAGAUGGAUGAUGGGCAUCAAUAGUGAAGAAACAAAGGCAACUGACAAAUAAACAAAC